CACACUCCGCCUCCUGCAGCCGUUAUUAUUAAAGACAGCGCAAAACACAGUGGAUCACCUCUGCGCGUGAGUCCAGAGAGAGCUGAAGUAUGACCCGCCGCGUGGCCAUCGUUGGAGGGGGCACAUCAGGUCUUGCCUGUAUCAAGAGCUGCUUGGAUGAGGGUCUGGAGCCUGUCUGCUAUGAAAGCAGUGAUGACAUUGGAGGUCUGUGGAGGUACAAGGAGGAACCUGAGCCAGACAGGGCCAAUAUCUACCACUCUGUCAUCAUCAACACCUCCAAGGAGAUGAUGUGUUUCAGUGACUUUCCAAUUCCUGCACACUUCCCAAACUUCAUGCACCACUCCUCCAUCAUGGAAUACUUUCGGAUGUAUGCCGAUCACUUCCAGCUCACCAAGCACAUACGCUUCAAAACCAAAGUCUUGCAGGUGAAGCAGCGGUCGGAUUUCUCUCACUCAGGCCAGUGGGAUAUUGAAACGGAGAACAAAGAUGGCAAAAAGGAAAAGCACAUUUUUGAUGCUGUCAUGAUCUGUAUCGGACAUCACUGCCAGCCUAACAUGCCCCUCCAUGACUUCCCAGGGAUUGAAACAUUCACAGGGACAUAUUUCCACAGUCGAGACUACAAGACUCCUGAGCAUUGGAGGGAUAAAAAAGUUGUAGUGGUUGGAAUAGGAAACUCUGGAGGAGACAUAGCAGUGGAGCUGAGCAGAGUCACUAAACAGCUCUACCUAAGCACUCGAAGGGGAGCUUGGAUUCUGAACAGAGUUGGGGACAACGGCAUCCCGUUAGAUUUGUCUUUUAACAGAGUCUUAAACACUGUAAGAAGAAUCCUUCCAUUUGGUUUAUUCUGCUCUCUGGGAGAGCGCAAGGUCAACCAAAGAUUUGACCAUGCUAUGUACAGCCUUAAACCAAAUCACAGGAUGUUCAGCCAACAUCCCACAGUCAAUGAUGAGCUCCCCAACCGCAUCCUAUCUGGGACUGUUCAGGUGAAACCCAACAUCUGUAGAAUUCAAGGAUCCGCUGUGGAGUUUGAUGACGGGACUGUAGUGGAAGAUGUUGACCUGGUGGUGUUUGCCACAGGUUACAAGUUUUCCUUUCCAUUCCUGGCUUCGCACGUGGUCUCUGUGUCUGACAACAAAGCAUGCCUGUACAAGUAUGUGUUUCCUCCCGAGUUAGACCGUCCUACACUGGCUAUCAUUGGGCUAAUUCAGCCUCUGGGAGCCAUUAUGCCCAUCUCUGAGAUGCAAUCUAGAUGGGCCACACGUGUCUUCAAAGGCUGCAUCAAGCUUCCCUCAAUGGCUGAAAUGAUAAAAGAUAACAAAUGCAAGCAGGACACCAUGGCUAAAAGAUAUGUCCACAGUCAGAGACACACCAUCCAAGUUGACUAUGUCUCAUACAUGGAUGAGAUUGCAGAACUGGUGGGAGUUCAGCCAAACUUCACAAAGAUGCUGUUGACUGAUCCCAGGCUGGCACUGAAUGUCUUGUUUGGUCCUACGACUCCGUACCAGUAUCGUCUCAGAGGGCCAGGAAAGUGGGCCGGGGCUCGUCAGGCCAUCCUCACUCAGUGGGAGAGAGUGUCUAAGCCUUUGAUGACCAGACCUUGUAAUGAGCCCAGACCCAAGAGAAUGUUUAAGUGGGCUUUGCUUCUGAUGGGUGCUACUGCAGGCUUGGUUGCAUAUGCUUUCAGGGACAGCUUUACAGAUUUCCUACAAGAUCCCAAUGCACUGGUGGACAAGAUUAAAACAUACCUACCUGUCCAGUAAAGGGAAAUGCAUACUGAUUCCUUCUGAGCUAUGAUCACACUAUGAGUGACAUUUAGCACUAACAUUUUGCUAAUUCAUUUUGCCCUCUAAAAAAAAGGGCUUAAUUUCAUCAAUUCAAUCAUUUUAACCAACAGUCAGACUGUUUCCAUUGCUUUCCAACAAAAUUCCAAAAUCCCACUGCUGGAUAAGAGAGACGUGUACUUGCCUGCACAAUGAUGUGCAUUUAAUGUUUGUUCAUUCAUGUCUAACAUGAUUAUGAUUAUACAGUGCGUCGCUUACUCAUUGAUAAGGAUACGUAUGUUAAUUAUAGUUAACAUGGUGUCUAUUGACAGUGUACCUCCAUAAGCAAAUCAGUAUUCAGAUCAGUCAGUAAUAAAUACAUUAGAUAAAGAUGAAUGUCUUAAAACUGAGAACAUUCAUUAUAUCCUUAAAUAAGUAAGUUGUUUCUUUUAAUGUUUCCAGAUGAUCCAUUUAGUCUGCUCUUUUGUUUACUCUCUGUUCAUUUCAACUAAAUUGAUGCAUUAUGUGUUGCCCUUCAUUAUGUAUGUCUUUAAAUUAUCUAAGAUGUUUUUGAAACAUUUAUGUUAAAUACAAAUGUAAAUUGCAUUGUAAUGUCACAACAUACUCAAGUGUCUAAAAAUGUACUCAAAAACACUUGGUUUGACUAUAAACAAAAAAAAAAUAUCGAUUGUUCAAUGAUGCCACCUAAUGGUGGCAUCAGGAUUGCCUGAUGUUUUGCUUGGGGGGAAAACUACAUGAUAUUAUAGUCUAUAUUUCACACAAUAGCACCUUGUGUCUCACAGUGUCACACUGAAGUAACGUGCACCCCUCAAGGAUCAGUGUUUACCUCAUGAAGUCAUGAGCCACACUUGAGACCAUUCUGUUGUAUGAAGGACUGUGGCACCGUUGUGUAAGAAUUGCACAUAUUCAAGAUUCUAAAUCGAAAAUAAAAAAUGUGACCUUGGUUUGGAA